AUGCUGUCUCCCAUGAUGUCCCCCAUCUUCUCCGGGGUGCUCUUCACUUGCCUACUGCUCUCAGGUCAGACACAAGGUCAGGAGGAUGCCUCUGAUCUUCCUUCUGCUAGGAGUUCCUGUCCUGAUGGCUUUGCCCUCCAUGGCUCCUACUGCUAUGGCUUAUUGGGAAUAAUGAAUAAGGAGACCUGGAAUAGUGCUGAGUUACAGUGCCAGGCCUACCCCUCUGGCCACCUGGUGUCCCUGCUCAAUCAGGCUGAAGCUGACUUUGUGGCCACCAUGAUCAAAGAGUAUCCAGGUGUCCAGUGCCCCAUCUGGAUUGGCCUGCAUGACCCCAACAAGAACCGUAGAUGGCGAUGGAGCAGCAAUGCCCUUUAUCUCUACCAAGCCUGGGGGAAGGGCUUCCCAAGCUUAACAUCACCCAGCUACUGUGUGAGCCUGAAUAAUGAGACAGAAUUUCAGAGUUGGAGAGAUUCAUCUUGUGAGAAGAAGUAUCCCUAUAUCUGCAAGUUCAAGGCCUAA